CAAAGAAGAAACAGUCGGAACUGACCGGGCGUUUGUUGAAGGAUCAACAUUAAUUACAUGAGUUGUCACUGGAUUUUCUAUCGUAACUACUCCAUUCUCCACCUGGGUGCUGGUCUGCCAUUUUCAUACUUGCCUUAUAUCGACUUUGGGGGGUUUUUUUUUCUCUCUUUGUUUUGUUCUUCUUGUUUCUCCUGUUGCCUUGUUAAUCCCAAAGACGGACGACUAAGACCCGCCACCAUUAUGACGUCCGAACAACAACCACCGUCUCCCCCGACGGCGUCCCAAAAGAGACAUGCUUUCUCAUGGUUUACCGACGCUAACUACUUGUCAAUCGGCCCAAGUUUUGUGACAAACUUCAUCAGAAACCAGCUCAAAACGUUGCCGGAGCCCAAGUCCGACUUCACCGGCAAGACGGUGAUCGUGACGGGCGGCAACAGCGGGUUGGGCCGUGAGGCGGCGCGGUACUUUGCCCGGCUGGGCGCGGCCAAGGUGAUCUUGGCGUGUCGCGACACGGCCAAGGGCGAGGUGGCGCGGGCCGACAUUGAGGUUUCGACGCGCAGCAGCCGGCCGCCUAGCGCCGCCGGCGUGCGCCUAGCCGUCGAGGUGUGGCAGGUCGACAUGUCGAGCGGGUCGAGCGUGCACGACUUUUGCGCGAGGGUCGAGCGCGAGCUGCCGAGGCUCGACUCGCUCGUCCUCAACGCCGGCGUCGCCAUCGGUGCCUUUGUCGAGUGCGAGGGCGGCUGGGAGAGCAGCGUCGCCAUCAACGUCAUCGGCACCUUCCUCAUGGCAGUACUGUGCCUCCCAAUCAUGAGGCGGACCGCCGCCCAGCACAACGUCGCGCCGACCAUCGCCGUGGUGGCGUCUGAAGCGCACGUCUUUGCCAGCUUUGCCGAGAGGAAGCGCCAGGGCCUCAUCUUUGACGCCUUCAAGAGCGCGGCCGACAUGAACGAGGACCGCUACAACGUGACCAAGCUGCUCGACGUGCUGCUCGCUAGGGAGCUGGCCGCCAGGCUGGGCCCGGACAGCCCCGUGGUAGUCAACGCGCUGAACCCGGGCCUGUGCCAGUCCGAGCUGUUCCGCCACUGUCCCUUUCCGCUCAGCGCCCUCCUACGCCUCGGCCUCAUGAUCCUGGGCCGCAAGACCGAGGUCGGCUCCAGGACGCUGGUGGCCGCGGCGGCGGCCGGGCGCGAGACCCACGGAAAGUACAUGGACUCGUGUGAGCUCGCCAACGAGAGCGCGUUUGUAAGGAGCGACGAGGGCCGCGCCUCAGGAGUGAGGGUAUUUGACGAGUUGAUGGGCAUCAUGGAAGGGCUCGCGCCCGGGGCGAGGGGGAACUUGAAUGCGUCGACCACGACGUCGAUGGCGACGGCACCGGCUAGUACAGCGCAGGCUUCCUCUUGAUCUGAUUUUGGGGGGCUGCUCGCGUGUGUUUGUAUAAUUUUUGUAGUAUGAUUUGAGCACUACCCGUUGUGGCUCCAUCCAAAGGUCGAUGAAGUGGUAACUCGUUAACUCCAUUUGCAUUCUAGGUGGCAUAUUGCGUCAAAUCUCGUAUGUGCUUGUCUCACCGCAUAACAAUAUAAGACUCAAACUCGUGAUGCA